UCCAUUCUCCGAAGUUGUGAGGGGGGAUGUGAGGCGGCGGCGGGCGGGGGUCGGGGGCCAGCACCGUCCGUCCACUCACCCACCGUGUUUGUGUCGUCGGACCCAGGGCUGCUGCCGGCGCCGAGAGCGGGCGGCGGAGCGAGGAGAAGCGUCGAGAGCGAGCGGGAGCCGGAGCCGGAGCCGAGCCGCCGGCGGGCAGUCACCAUGAGUGAACAAAGUAUAUGCCAGGCGCGGGCUGCUGUCAUGGUGUAUGAUGAUGGCAACAAGAAGUGGGUGCCAGCUGGAGGAGCGACUGGAUUCAGUCGAGUACAUAUUUACCACCACACAGGCAACAACACGUUCCGCGUAGUGGGGAGGAAAAUUCAGGACCAUCAGGUUGUGAUAAACUGUGCCAUUCCCAAAGGGCUGAAGUACAACCAGGCGACACAAACCUUCCACCAGUGGCGAGACGCCAGGCAGGUGUACGGUCUGAACUUCGGCAGCAAGGAAGAUGCCAAUGUAUUUGCAAGUGCCAUGAUGCAUGCCUUGGAAGUACUAAAUUCCCAGGAUGCAGGUCCGACAUUGUCACGUCAGAACUCUCAGCUGUUCCCACAAGUGCAGAAUGGACCAUGUCAGGAGGAGUUGGAGAUCCAGAGACGGCAACUGCAGGAGCAGCAACGGCAGAAGGAGCUGGAGCGAGAACGGCUGGAGCGUGAGCGGAUGGAACGUGAACGAUUGGAGAGGGAACGACUAGAACAGGAACAGAUGGAACGUGAGAAGCAGGAGAGAGAGAAACAGGAGCGCAUGGAGCAAGAAAGACAGGAGCGCGAAAGGCAAGAACAAGAGGACCUGGAGCUCGAACGACAAAGGGAACGACAAGAACAGCUUGAGAGAGAGCAGCUCGAGUGGGAGAUGGAGCGACGGAUGUCGUCUGCAGGUAUUGGCCCAACAAAUGAAGGUUUCCAGGGGCCACCAGCCCCUCCACCCGCGCCACCUCUUCCUCCAGGACCAUUGCAGCCAGCAGCACCACCAGCGGCCGGACCACCAUUGCCACCGGGUCCACCGCCUGCACCUCCGCUGCCGGGAGCGGGCCCCCCUCCUCCACCCCCUCUUCCUGGGCAGGCUGCACCUCCUGUUCCACCACCCCCUCCCGCCCCACCUCUCCCCUCCUCCAGCCUCCCACCAGCCGCGGCUGAAGACGAUCGCCCACUGACUGGACUGGCAGCUGCAUUGGCCGGCGCGAAGCUCAGGAAAGUGGGAAGGACUGACGAGGCCUCAAGUUCUGCGGGCAGCGUUGGUUCCGCCUCGACUCCUAAAUCUGAGUCUUCACGGGGUAACGGAGCCCCGAUUUCUAUAGGAGGGACUGGUCUGAUGGAAGAAAUGAGUGCCCUGCUGGCCAGGAGGAGAAGGAUUGCUGAGAAGGGCUCAGUUCCUGAGCCAGACCCGAAGGAUGAGAGGAAUGAGGAAUCAGAAUCUGCAAGCAUGAAAGGUCCGUCAGCAUCAAGUAUGCCUGAGACCACCAGAAAGCCUUGGGAAAGAACGAGUGCUGUAAAUGGCAACAAAUCACCAGUAAUUUCCAGACGAGAUUCUCCGUGGAAAAAUCAGCUGAUCUCUGACAAGUUCAUUGACACACCAAACAGAAGCAAAUCCACGCCAAGUGGACAACCAAACACUAAUGGUGUGCAAGCAGAGAUCUUCGAUUAUGACAGAUUGAAACAGGAUAUCUUGGAAGAAAUGAGGAAGGAGCUUCAGAAGCUAAAGGAGGAACUUAUUGAUGCAAUCAGACAGGAGCUGAGCAAGUCCAACACUGCAUAGACAACGUGCCGAAUGAAACUGGCCCUUCUACUCAACGUGUGAUGACUGAUGACAGUGAGAGGGUGAUGAGAAAAUGACAGACUCAGUGAGGAGGGGGAGAGCAGGAGGGAGGGAGGAUGCCCACCUCGUGCUGCAGUCCGAGAUUUUGCAGGCAGCCUCAUACCGUCGUGUUUUUGUUUUUGUUCCCCUCACUGCUUGCCGCUUUUUCUAACUAUGUUCUUGGAGGAAGAGAGUCUUAAAGUUCCUGUAAUAUUAUGCAAAGAUUCUGAUGUCUGUUGAAACCGAAUCACAGUGUCUGGAAAGUCACGUCAAUUGAAAGAAAAAUUUGCACAACAGUUGUGUUUCUUUUGGUUUUUCCUCUAGGAGGUGGGUUAUGGUUUGAGCACAGAUCUUGGAGAAAGGUAACUACAGAGCAGUUUGUGCUGUGCUUCCCAGGAAUGGCACAGGUUCCACACAUAGGAAGAUGCAAAGUGGGAAUGUGCUCUAUCGUGAGGUUGUUCUGGGAUUAUCUGUUAUUUUUCUACUAUUCAAACCAAUGGCAGAUCACAGGGUUUAAGGAUACAGAGAUGCCUUCCUUAGUUUAUCAUUGUGAUAAUGCUUUACCAAAUCGAAGACUUGUCUGUCAAUCCAAUCAAUGAUGUAAGUUCUCAGUGCAGUGUAUGUAAUUGUUCCUUCUCUAAGUUUUGUGCAUGUUGAGAUGUAAUUCCUUUUGUAUAUCAAAAUCGGCUGUGACCUGGUCUUUUAUCCCACUUCACCGAGGCAAUACUCAGUCACGUUAAGUUGCCGUCUGGUUGCCUUUACAGUAUCUGAGGGGAAGGAGAGGUUGGGGCGAGCCGCAUGGCUUCCAUCUGUAUAUUCGAAUAAUAAUUCCACAUGCAUCUAGUUUUUCCAGAUUUUAUGAUCCUGGAAAAGAUACCCUUCGAGAAUGUCUGUCUGUGGUGCAGUUGUGUUUGUUUCUCAUGUUCCAACAAGCAGAUGUAUUCUGAAGCAAAGUGAAGAAGAAAGGGGCUCCUGUGUGGGGAAGAUCUUUCUCAACCCCAGUCCCUUGGCUUCCUUUGAGGCUUCUCACUUCAAGUUGAGACAGUGCCACUUGUUCCUUGCUCCCUCAACAGAGCACCUACCUUCCUAGGUCCAGUUCGUCAACCAGUUUGAACAAUUGCUGUUGCUUCGACCGUGUGAGGCGGUGUAUGUCUGGGAUGUCAGGUGGCAUUUGAGUUGGUAAUGGUCUUUUUGAGACAUGACAAUUCCAAACUGGUUGGUGAAGUGGAGCGUGGAUUAUGGAAGUGUAACACCUCUCAGUGGCUCUGUGCCCACUAAAGCCACCCACCCCAUCCCUGCAGGUGUACCUGGGCUGCCAUGGGACUUCUGAUAUACACACGUUAUCAGACCAGCAGAAGCUGUGCCUCCCGUGCGGGAGAGGAAUGUUUCCGUCUUUAUCCCAGUGCGAGCUUCCUGCUUCCUCAGUUGGAGUGGCAGUGCACAGCUCAUCUUCCUGCAGUUCUUUGAAGUGUGUGCCUUUCUACCAACCCAACUGUUUGCAACUCUGACAGUCCCUGCUACUCGACAGGGCCAAUCCAGGGCAGUAGUCGCUGGCACUGAUGCAGGCAUCUGGCAUUUCAGAUCCUGUCGAGUUUGCACCUUGUGAACCACCUAAGCUGCCCAUCGCCACCUUGGCUUGCCUGCAGCUCCAGACACCUGUAUUAAUCUCCCCCCACCUUGGUGCUGUGUGCCUGCUUCCAGAUCUGGAUUCUACUUGCAAAUGGUGGAACUGUCUCCAAAACCAAACUGCUUCAAGGGUAUUUGUAGACAUCCAAGUAAGGUUUAUUCCAUCUCCAGCGUGGGAAUCAUAAACAGGAUUCUUUUUGUUUAAGUUCUCCCAACCAAUGUUGCAGAUUGACAUCUAGUAUCAUGUACAAAUGCUUUCAAGGUUGUCAAUGUUCUUCAUAAUUUACAUUUCAAGAUAAUGAAUAUCAAAAUUUCUGGAGCAAAAUUGCUUAAACUUCUGUGGUAAUAGUUUAUUGAGUCUUUGAUUUCUGUGUUGAGGGCCCUGAUGUCUCUGAUCAUCACCAAGUAGGUAAUAGUCACCAGCCCUGGUCAGCAGUUGUGCUGGGGUAAUGGUUGUAUCUCUGUGAUCUAGGUAAUGUGGAACCCAAUGGAUUUAGUUGGAAGUUCUACACGGUGUUACUGUUAGAUAAUGCAGUGGACGUUGUAGGGAAGCUGAGAGUUUUUAUUUGCUUUGGUAGAAUGACCGUAGCCACUUCUUGUUUUACAAAGUGGUUAUGAAAGUUUUUUUUCACUGUGAUCUAUAGAGGGAUAAAAAUCCUGUUAUAUCACACAUAUAUACUGUCAGUACAAAAAUAGUCACUAUUUUUUAACAGGGUGAGUUUUUUCCUUUAAAAUGCUCAUUAUUUCUUCGUCCUCAAAUACUCAAGUAGAUCACAAGGAGAUCCCGACAAACGUUAGGGGAUUGGGAUUGUUACCUUGUAUGUUUUACCUUGCCUUUUGCUCUUUGCCCUAAAUCACAAAGGGGAGGGGCUUGACCUCAAUCUUGACCACCCAGAGCCAGGACCAGUUACACACUGUGCACAAUCAUAUGCCCGACCACUGUGAGAAAUGACACAUCGAGGUUCAGCUACUGUUCGAUGCCUACAUAGUGAACUGACUCCUUAUUUCACUGGUUAGUAUCUUGAAGGCUCCCGAUUGUUUCCACAGCUCCCACCAAUCUGAUCUUCUGCUUGGAACAAGAGUGCUGUAAUCUGAAACUCCUCUGAGUAUUACCCAGGGUCAGGCACUUGACCAGCUUAGACCUUUAUGUCAGUGGAUCAACUCAAAGCUGGGAGAGCCAUUUUAUUAAAUACUCAGCACCUGACCUGUUCAUAUAGAAACAGGCUUCAAUGAUGGUUCCACGUUAGAUGGGAGCUGGUGUUUUUAAAAACAAACGUUGUUGCUGAGUGGCUGCUGUGAUGUGAGGAGAGGUUGGUCAGUCUUCCACAUCAGUUGUCUCCUGUGUUGUGCUGUCAACUGCCUGAGAGGCACAGUUACUCUGAGAUGUGUUCUGCUCAAUCAGUUCUGUGCUCUCCUUGGUGUAAAAUGUUUACUCUUGGGCUGCCAUGUGAAAUUAUUUUCAAGUGUUAACCAGGCUUUAAUGUUUAAUUAACAUUUAAAAGGUACAAGUGUUAAUGGUUUACAUGGAACAUACUUGAAUCUCAUGGUUGUAUAUUCAGUUGAGGAAGCGAACAGCUUAAAGCCAGUGUGGCCAUAGGGAAUGUCCCAUUGACAGAUGACUGCCUGUAAAGUGGGCGUUGCUGGAGCAGACCAUUCCAGGAGGAUGCUCCCAUCUCAGUGCCUGCAAAAUUCUCCUCUAACUUGCAAUUUCUUUUGCUGCUCAUUUUUUAAAAUCUGGCAGCUCCCGCUCCUAGAAAAAUCUGGCAGCUCCCGCUCCUAGGAAAAAUGCUGACAGCUCCCGCUCCUAGGAAAAAUGCUGACAGCUCCCGCUCCUAGGAAAAAUGCUGGCAGCUCCCGCUCCUAGGAAAAAUGCUGGCAGCUCCCGCUCCUAGAAAAAUGCUGGCAGCUCCCGCUCCGAGAAAAAUGCUGACAAUGCAAAUCUCAUUUUUUUUUAAAAACUGGCAGUGAAUAAGGGAAUGGACAACUCCUUGCAAUCCAGUGUUUAGAUCAUAACAGAAGUUUAAAGUAUUCUUAAAUCACUUUUCUAAAUGGGUAUUACUGGAAGAAAAGUGAGAAUAUUAGUCUUUAUGCUGGAAGAACAGAGACGGUAGGCAGGUCACACCUCAAGAAUUACCUGGAAAUUGCACCCACAGGCCAUUUGAUUGGGUCAAUGUCAAGUUCCAGGCUCUCUGGCUUCCUUAAGGUAAGUUUAGUGCCCUCUGCAUUGCCCAGGGCACUGAGCUCAAUACUCUCUUGAGUUCAGUGCUCACUGAGUAGCCCAAGGCCACUCAGUGAGUUUGGAGUUCACUGUUGAGUUUCCCAAGACACUAAUUGAGUUCUUCAGCCUCUGAGUUCCCAGGGGUAAGUUUGCUGCUGCCUGGUCCUGUGAACACUGCGUCUGCUGCCCUGAGUGCCUGUGGACAAUCACGUGCUUUCUUUGAUGCUUCUCGUUUGUAUGACGCUUUACCCUUCACUGGAUCGGGUAUGUUGUGGAUUUAGUGUACGGUACCUGUGUUUGUUCAAAAUGUCUCUUCUGAUUAUGAGCCUUCACAAGAGUUGCCACCUGCUCAAUAACCAGAAGGGAGUGAAGAUGAUUAGCAUUUUAAAUGUACAAGUUUCAAGAGGUGUUUUAAAAACAUAUGCAAAAUGAAAUGCAUUGAAAAUGUUGCAGAUAAUAUGCAGUAAUAGUUGAAGCCCCAGUACAGAACUGACUGAAGUAAAACAUCCAAAGGUAGCAGCGUGUGUUUUGACAGGUCAGAACAGAGGGUGAAAAUGAGCACCUUUCGUUUUGUCAUCCCACUUCCUGCCUAUCAGCAGGGUGGGGAAGUAGAGACGGUGUUUUUCACAAAGUCCCAAAGUAGGUUUCAAGUGUUUCCCUGACCCUGGCUUUGUACUAUGACAAUGAAUGGAAAUUCACUUGCCCCCAAAACACUAACACCCAGUGCCACAAUCUGAACUGUGUGAACUAAACAGUGCCUGUGGUGGAAGGGACUUUGCUUCUCCCUCUGUCUCGUGUAAUCAAAUGAAGUUCUGUCUAAAGGUGCUGGAGCUGGAGCCUGACUUGUCUUUCCGUCAUCAGAACAUGUUCACUUUGUACAAGUAAGGAUUGUGUUUUGCAGUUACAUUUUGCCUUUAGCUAUUGUGUGGGUGAAUGACAAUUAAAACAAAACAGGCCAACAAAACUGAUGGAGGUGGGGCUAGAUUUGCACAGAUCUCCCUUUCUCAAGUGAAAGCUGUGAAAUUUUCAGGUUACAUUGGUGGGGGAAAAUCAUGGAUCAGUUGUGGAGUCGACAGCACAAGUGUGAGAGCCACAGAGACCAAGGCUUUGCAGUCACAGCUCAGGUGUUCAAUCUCCACUGCAGAGCCCCAGUGUAUGGGAGAUCCCAGUGGAAAUCUGUGUAGUAGCAGGACAGCAUCAAGUUGCUGGUGUAUAAAUGCGAGCUCCAGGUAGAAUGGCUUCAGUUGUGCAGUGAAUCUGAGGCGUGUCUCCAGCCACAAGAUAAUGUUAUUUGCUCUCUAUUCCUCAUCUCCAAUGUGAUUGGAUUUGUUUUGUAUUUUUGAUUUUUGACUGCCAAAUUGAUUUGCACAGACUUCCAUAGGUGACUCUCUUGUCAGAGGAGUUCAGGAUGGUUUCUUGUUUGGUGAAAUGAAGAAAAUGUAUCAACAGAUUUCACAUUUUCAUGCUUCUGAGUCAGUUAUUUAGAUUUACAAUUCUGUUUGUAUCAUGUUAUGUUACAUUUUAAAAUUUCUUAUGUGCUAAUUUUUUUGAGCGAAUGGAAUAAAAUUAAACAUUAGAUCUU